AUGCUUGAGUGCCACCACUGGCUACGACACAAGGAUGUCUAUGGCCCUCUUAGUUCCGUCACAGUGCUAGGGCAAACUUUCAUCAUCAUUAACGACCCUGAGAUCGCAUUCGAGCUGUUGCGCGAUCGCUCAGCAAUUCAUUCUUCGAGACCCAGCCAGACCUUUAGUGGUGACAUGGUAGGAUGGCGUCAUGCAAUUGCGAUGACCCCGUAUUCCGCAGAAUGGAAAAUUCACCGCAAAAACAUCACCAAGAUAGCGAGCACGAACGUUUCCGUGUCCGUGUUUGAUAAAGCGCAAGAGACGGAAGCCGCGCACUUCCUGCUCAACCUUCUAGAGUCGCCCGACAAGCUCUUUGAUCAUAUACGAAAAGAGGCUGGCAGUGUCAUUCUCAAGAUCACCUACGGCUACACUGCUGUCGCCAAUGGCAACGACCCUUUCGUUGAUAUGGCCGCCAAGACUAUGGAGCAGUUCGCCGAUGCUACAGUUCCUGGGAAGUGGUCGGUAGACAUCUUCCCAUUCUGUCUCGGUUCGGAUGCUGAGAUGGAGUUUGUUCAUAAGUGGACUGCAUUGGCGCUCUACCUGGGCGGUGCUGAUACGACCGUGUCCUCCAUCAUGACCUUCUUCCUCGCCAUGACUGUCUUCCCGGAAGUUCAAAAGAAGGCCCAAGAAGAGCUAGAUCGCGUUAUUGGCGGAGGCCGGCUACCCGUUAGUAAAGACAAGGAAAGUCUUCCUUACAUCGAAGCGAUCAUGAAAGAGACCCACCGCUGGCACCUCGUCGCACCAAUGUGCCUUCCACACUGCAGCACGGAAGAAGACACCUGUCGCGGGUAUCGCAUUCCGAAAGGCUCCAUCCUGCUACCCAACAACUGGCAUUUUACGCACGACCCCGAAGUCUAUCCCGACCCGAUGGUCUUCAGACCAGAGCGUUUCCUCGAAACACCCACUCAUAAGAGUGAGCCUGACCCUAGAAACUUCAUCUUCGGAUAUGGUCGCCGCAUCUGCCCGGGCCGAUACGUGGCAGAUAACGCGCUCUUCAUUACCAUCGCCCAGACUCUCGCGGUGUUUGACAUCACCAAGUUCGUUGAUGGAGAUGGUCGCGUUGUGGAGCCGGAGGUGAAGUUUGAGCCGGGAGCGAUCAGUCACCCUGUGCCAUACCGUUGUUCGAUCAAACCGCGAUCGGAGGCUCAUGAGCGGUUGAUCAAGGCUUCGGAGAAAUUGUUUCCUUGGGAGGAAAGCGACGCCAAAGAGCUGGAAAAUAUAAGCUGGUAA